UUACAGUCUCCUGUCAAAUGAGCAAUUUGAUUGGAGCUUUUUCAAAUUAACAGGAAGUCGCCUUUUAUAACAGAAAAUUGGAGACACCUGAUUUUGUUGCUCGUGUUAUUAUGGCUCAAAAUAUCAAUCCACACUACGCCUCAUCGUCAAAUCCGGCCAAACAGAACGAGGAUACUAUAAAACUUAAGGACAAUCAUGCAGUAAGCAAACGGCUGCAGAAAGAGUUGAUGGAGCUGAUGCGCUGCGCGGACAAGGGCAUAUCCGCGUUCCCAGAGAGCGAGAACCUGUUUAAAUGGAUCGGGACGAUUAACGGACCCUUGGAUACCGUUUACGCGGGUCACAAGUACAAGUUGUCGCUGGAGUUCCCUAAUUCGUACCCGUACGCGCCUCCCGUGGUGAAGUUCGUGACGCCGUGCUUCCACCCGAACGUGGAUACAUGUGGGUUAAUAUGUUUAGACAUUUUAAAAGACAAGUGGACAGCUCUGUACGACGUUCGCACGAUAUUACUGUCUAUACAGAGCCUGUUAGCGGAGCCCAACACGCAGAGUCCUCUGAACCAGCAAGCAUCCUUCCUCUGGCCUAACCAGCCCGCCUAUAAGAAACAUUUAGACGAUUUCUAUAGUAAACACAAAGACUCUUAGUUUAAUUUAAUGGUCACAGUUUGAUUUGCGUAUUUUGUGUUGUGAAUGUUUGUGCGUCUGCCGAAUGGAGUUGACGGGAGCUUUUUGUUUUAAGUUUUUCUGUUUGUGAUUAUUUUCUAUAAGUUGUUAACAAAAAGCUUGUAUAAGUUUCUGACCGGGGCUGUAUAGCAUUCCUUAUGUUUUAGUUUUCAUCGAGUUAUUUUUUUUGUUCUGUAAACUGUUAUCUGACGCAAGUAACUUUCUAUAGUAAGUUGAUUUUCUGGUUAACUUCUCUAAUUAUGUAUCUAACAUUAUUUAUUUUUGUCAAUUGGCCCGUCUCUUCAAUCAUGGUUUUAUUCCGAUGAAUGAAUUAAUGUAUAUUGAAAGAUCAUUGACAAAAUAUAAUUCUUUAGUGCAAUUCA